CUCCUCCGCGCGCCGCGGCGCCGCCCUCCCGGCGCUGCCUCGGACCCCGUGACGGUCCCGCCCCGCCAAGGCGGUUAGCGGCGGGGAAUCGUGCGGUGCGGGAGCCAUGGGUUCGGCGGCCGAGCUGUUGCCGCCCCUACCGCCGCCGCUCGGGGAGUGCGAGCGGGAAACGACGACGGCGGCCGCCCGGCACCGGCGGCGCCCGGAGGAGCAGGUCCAGCAAGAACAAAGAAACCACACGGCAGAACCUGUAAUAGAUGACUAUAAAAAGAUGGGGACUCUCUUUGGUGAACUAAACAAAAGCCUGCUCAGAAUAGGCUUCACAAGGAUGUACUUUGGAGAACGGAUAGUAGAACCUGUAAUAAUUAUAUUCUUCUGGGUUAUGCUUUGGUUUCUCGGCCUACAAGCUCUCGGACUGGUUGCUGUUCUGUGCCUUGUCAUUAUUUAUGUGCAACAGUAAAAUUUUAUAGAUGCUGUUUGGAUUAUGUAUUUCAACACUGUCACUGUGUCAGUGGAUUUAUGUGUUUAAGUAAAUGGGUGGCGUAUCAAAAGCUGCAAUGCUUUGAAUUGCAUUUUGCUGAACUUCCAACGUUUCAGGUGAGGGGGACUAAAAUUAUGCAUUUUAAGCAAAGUCAGCAGUGCCCUACUACAUCUCUGAAGUGCAAAAAAGGAGAUGUUUGUAAUAUAACGAUGUCCAAUGUACUGUUUUCUGCACUCGUGGGGCCUUACUCCAAGGAUUGGCUUUUUGUUUCCCCCCCACCGUGUUCUGACUUUGUAUGGUGAAAAUUUCCUCACUGGUUUUAAGAGGACGCUUGAUGUGAGUGUCCUGUUUCACUGCUGGGGGGGGCUUGUGUGCUGUUUGUGCCCUGAAUCUGCAUAGUUUGCUAGUUUUUUGCUGGAAAGCUAAAUCUGCACAAGGCAAGUUUGCUGACAAACCUACAAUGACAAAUGUUCGUAAGGUGAAUACAACUUCCCCACACAAAAGCCUCUUUGGUUAGUAUAGUUUGUAGCAAGCAUUCCCCCAGGAAACAAGCUGUGCCAGCAAAAUGCUUUUAUACUGAUAUUACUUCAUACAAGGCUUCAGCUGUUGUUUAGGAAGAAUUGCAGUCCUAUAUUGGCCAAAUGGUCUAACAUAGCUCUGCCUUGUUUUUUGGAAAUGUACUCUGCUCCUGCUGCUAUUUUUCUUUUUUUUUUUCUUUUUUUUUUUUUUUUUUGUAUUUGCUCUUUACCCCAGCCCUCCUUCUGAAGAUAAAUAAUUGGAUAAUUCAUGGACUUCCUAGGUAGUUACAGCUGCAGUGUUGGAGAGUUGCCAUUCCAGAUGGCAAUGCUAGAAUAUUGUCCACUUCCUCUGGGUCGUGUGUGAAGUGUCUGAACAAGAAGAUAGAUAUCAGACCAGAUCUCUUAAUGCUUCCCUAAUCUGCUGUAGUGUGGACCCAACAUGAGCUAGCAGCUUUGCAUAUGUAAGCAAAUCAAACCUUUCCUCAUGCAAGGCAAGAAUGUAGUUGAAAUCAGGUGGUCAUUUUAUUUGGUAGUCUUAACUGAUUCGUUUCUAUGCUAGCCAACAAAAAUGCGUAUCUAUAGGUGUAUGUCAAGGGCAACACAAACGGGACAAUAGGAUAUGUACAUUCAAGAGCAGGUGCAAAAAUCACUCCGGCUCCCCAGGAGCCACACCAGGGGUAUACUGAAUAUUUCCAGGUUGAAUGUGCUCAUUUAAAUUAAAACGGUAAAAUGAGACAGAACCUUUACUAAAUAGACGGCCAAAUUAAUAUUUGCUGUACGUUACUUUUAGUAAGAAACUCAGUUGCAAAAUUGACUUCAUCUAUGGUAGAGUGAAAUUAUACAUUUACUUAAAGAGGAUGUGAAACUUAUAGAAAACUACUUAACCUUUUGCAGUGACUUUUUUCCUAAAUGUUUUUUUACUAGGAGAGAUCAACAAUACAUUAGUUGAAAAUGCUGUGUUAUCCAGAGACUUUGAAGUUAAGGGGAGCUUCCCUAUGGUCCCAGUCCUGCAACUGGAUUCUCAAAGCCGAUUUUAUGCCUACAUGGAUCAUGUUGGCUGCCAGGCUCUAUCCCAGAACCCUCAGCCCCAGUCCUUACCGACUUCCCUGUUAGUGAAAUAAUUGUUAUUUUUAGGGCCGUGAACAUGAAGGCUCAGCUCCUUGAAAGUCUUUAUGUGCCUAAACGCCAUCUGUGGACAUGUCUCUGUGCUUUUCUGAUGAAUGCGUAGUUACCUUCUGAGGAGCCAGGUCUCCUCUCCAGAUCUUCAGAUGACCAUGACUGUGGAUCCGGGAGGCUCAGCUGAACGGGCAGACUGAGGCCCAGCUGUGUGUUUAGAUGGCAACCCGUGUUGAUUGGCACCUAGUCAAAUAGUUAGGCUGACAGCAGGGAUCAGUUUGACCGAUGUGACAACAAGGUGUUCCUGGAUGCAGGGGUUUGUUAUUCACAGCUGGAAGUCCCAACACAAACAGCAAGUACAGGCUGAGCGCCGAGGCAGGAGCUCUGUACUCACAAGUGCCUAGGGGUAAACUGUGGUUUUGUUUCAAGUUCCUUCAAAAGGAAAACAUCUUUUACACCUUUGCAUAUUUGUACAGAUACAAUGGUGGGUUUAUGUAUAUUAUUCUCCUGUAUAAGGGCUGUACUACAAAAGCAUCUUGCCAUUAAAAAUUCCUUCCUUUCUUCCCACAAUGAAGUCACUGUUCAGAGGAUCUCAUCCAAUUCCUUUUGUCCUGCGCGAAAAAGUGUGUCUGUGAUAUCCUUGUUGCAGCAGUACUCUUGUGUAAGGACUCUGUGCUGUGAGAUGGCAUGCAGUAUUUCCUGAAGUGGUGACUUUGCUCUGUACAUAAGGAAUGGGGAACAAUGAACCAAGGGUGUGACUGACAAGUUCAGUAACGAAAUUGUUUAUAUGCAUGUAACCUUUUAUCUUGUGCAUAACUAUGUUUCACUCACAAGUCAUUUCAGUUCUUUUGAUGUUCAUGUUUGUAUACACGUACUCUAGGGAAAGGCAGCUUUUGGACUAAGAUUGCGUACGGUGGAUGUUUUGUGUGGUUUGUCUUAAGGGUAAUUUACUACAUCUUGGCCUUCAUAGAAGUUUUUAAUUUUUAAAAAUCUGACAAAAUAUUCCUCCUAAUGGACUUAAGUUGACUGAAAAUGAAAAAGAAAACUAAUGUCCAUGAAGAUACCCCUCGUCUGUUUGGUUUCAUACAUUCCACUGCAUACAAGAAUUUGCACCAAAUCGUCUCUCCUAAUUCUGUGUUGUUGCUAUACUAUCUCCCUGCCAUUUGCAGGAAAGGAAAGAGGAGUUAAGGAAAAGGGGACUGGGAUGAAAUCAGACAUAAAGAGUGGAAAAUGGAAUGCAUGAAAGUGACCCAUAGAUGUGUCAAAAGAAAUCUGAUUGUAAAUGUGUGCCAAAAUUGAGGGGGGAAUGGGUGAACAGUCCUUGCAUUGUGUUCUUCCUUCUAUCCAGAUGUAGUUCCAAGGCAGAGGAAGCACCAGGUGUUUAAAGGAUGUUCUUAGCUAAAAGGCAGAAGGUUAAUUGAAAAAAAAAAAAAAAAGACAAUUUCACUUUUGUCUAUAUAGUAAAAAUUGAUAAUGUUAUUUAUAUUGGGGUAUAUUAUUUUUAUUCUUGACAGAACUGAAAGCACCUUUAUGCAUCUGUUUGUAGGACUGUAUGAAGGAAUUAAGUCCCUUAAAUCUGUGUUAAACAACAAAUGAUGUAAUUCCUGCUGGUCAGUGUAACAUACUGAAAGCUUUUUACAUAACCUCUGUUUUUUAAAGGAUGGACUCUUCAGUACAGUUUCACACCCAUCAAAUGCAUAGAUGUUUGAACUACUGUGUACAGAGAAGAAACUCAACAUGUAGGAGGAUCUUGGAGAACCCUGUUUGCACUGAAAAAUCAUCACAUCCAAACUGUCCAUUUAAAAAGGAAAACCAUAUUUCUUAAACUCUGUAUUAAAUGAAUCUUAUGGAAAGCACUUUGUUAUUCUUUCUAAUAAAAAGUAUUGUCAUCAGUGAGAA